AUGCUCGAAUACUUACGGGGGGAUACUGUUGAAAGAGUCACCAAUCUCAAAAUUUCAAUUUUGCUUCCUCUUCACCCCGACAGCCACCGUUCUACCAUGAAGCGCGGCCUACCGCCAAAAAUAGCAGCCAUAAAGGCUCGCAAACGUCAGAAGCUUGAUCAAAGCGCGCAGUCCUCCACUGUCCCCACAAAGGCAGCGUCGAAACGAUGCAAGGUCAAGCUAGACGACCUACAAUGGGAGGAAGUUGCCAUGCCAGAUCGCUUGGAGGACUUUGAAGGAUUCUAUGGACUGGAAGAAAUUGAAGAUGUAGCUGUCGUAAGAGACGCAAUAACUGGAACAAUAUCCUUUGAAAGCUCGACGCUAGACAGCUUGAAGAAGAAAGACGCUGGUCAGUCUCAUAGUGGAGCUGCUGUCCUACACGAGCCUGAGGAUGGAUUUAGCGAUGAAGGUUCAUGGAUGGGCUUCAGCGAUAAGGAGGGGGGCGCGAUCAAGGAGUAUUUGGACGAGAAAGAUGCCCAGGACUUGUCCGAGAAUUCCUUGCGGACCAUGAAGGCUGCAGAGCGGAAGAUGAAGAAACGGCAGAAGCAGAAGAAGAAACAGGACCAUGGUAAAACAAGUGUAAAUAGGAAAGGCGCGUUCGAUAUCCUGGCCGACCAGCCUUUGAGUGGGGACGACGACGUGGACGAAGUGGAUGUGUCGGCUUGGGGUAAUCUUGGAUUGUCUUCGGAAACGUUGCGUUCCCUGGCACGACUGAGAUUCUCUCAGCCAACUUUGAUACAGUCCUCCGCGAUUCCAGAAAUACUUUCUGGACAUGACGUCGUUGGCAAAGCUUCAACAGGCUCAGGAAAGACCCUCGCUUUUGGUAUACCUAUUCUCGAACGGUUCCUGGCUUCCUCGCAGGCCGAACGCCUUACACCUCUCGCCCUGAUCAUCUCGCCCACUCGAGAGCUAGCACAUCAGCUAACGGCUCACUUGACAGCCCUCUGCUCAGGCAGCGACUUUAAUGCACCGUCGAUAGCUGCCGUUACCGGCGGACUAUCCGUCCAAAAGCAACGUCGACAACUCGAAAAUGCUGAUGUUGUUGUUGGUACUCCUGGGAGAUUGUGGGAAGUCAUAAGUAGUGGCCAAGGGCUUGUCAAAUCCUUCAAACAAAUCCAAUUUCUGGUCGUGGAUGAAGCAGACCGCUUAUUAAGUGAAGGUCACUACAAAGAGCUUGGAAAAAUUCUCAAAAUAUUAGACUGCGAUGAGGAAAAAGGGGGAGGUGAUUCCAACCCUGACCAAACCCCAGAGCUUCAGCGUCAGACACUGGUAUUCUCCGCAACCUUUUAUAAGGGUUUGCAGCAAAAACUCGUGGGCAAAGCUGCUAAAGGCGGCGAUCUCCUGAAUAAGCAAGAGUCUAUGGAGUAUCUUCUCAAAAAGGUUCGAUUUUUAGAGGGGAAGCCAAAAUUCAUCGACGCCAAUCCUUCAUCGCAGAUGGCAUCUAGGCUCAAGGAGGGGUUGAUUGAAUGCGCAGGAACCGAGAAAGAUCUUUAUCUCUACGCUCUCCUAUUGUUUCACCCAAAGAAACGUUCGCUCAUUUUCACAAACUCCAUCUCGGCCGUUCGUCGCGUCACUCCGUUCCUUCAGAACCUGAACCUUGUGGCUCACCCGCUACAUUCACAGAUGCCGCAAAAGUCCCGGCUUCGGUCCGUUGAGCGAUUCACUACCCAACCUGGGUCUAUACUCGUCGCCACAGACGUUGCUGCACGGGGUUUAGAUAUUCCUGGCGUAGAUCUGAUCGUGCAUUACCAUCUUCCUCGUGCGGCAGACACGUACGUGCAUCGUUCAGGACGAACUGCACGCGCAAAGGCUUCAGGAAUUAGCGUCCUAAUAUGCGCCCCCGAGGAGGUUGCCGGCGUUAGAAGACUGGUGGCGAAGGUACACGCACGACCUCAACAGACUGUAAAAUCAAAGAACACUGCCUACUUCAUUCGAACGCUCGACCUUGAUCGGCGCAUUGUGUCGCGCUGUAAACCCCGCGCAACAUUAGCCAAGAAACUUGCCGAUGCAGUCAUUGCAAAAGAAAAGAUACACUCCGAAGACGCCUGGCUCAGUGCUGCUGCAGAAGAUUUGGGUGUAGACUAUAACAGUGAUACAUUCGAGGCUGAAGCCCCAGGACGUCAAGGUCGCGGAAGCGGUCGAAAGAAGAAGCAGAAUGAAGCUGGUGCAACGAGCAAAGGAGAGAUGCAAGCCUUGAGAGCAGAACUGAAAGCGCUCCUAAGUCAGCGAGUGAACGUUGGCGUCAGUGCCAAGUAUUUGACGGGGGGUGGUGUCGAUAUGGAUGCACUACUGAAUGGCGAAGGAAAUGCAGAAUUUCUUGGAACGGUGGAUGGGCUUGGAUUUGAGGCAUAG